CGAGGCAAGUCGGCAAGAAUUGGUGACACAGCCAUCUAACCAAUACUUCUAUGAAAAUAUAACAAAUUCUUUUUAAUUCAGCUCACUUCUUUAUAAAAAUUAUGUUAUGGUGCAUGUCAACUUGUUCAUCUUCAACAAUUUGCUAAUUUCAUAAUCUCAAAGACAAUUUCUGUUGCAGGUUUAAUUGCUUUGAAGGCGCUAUGGCAGAAUGUGCCGCCUUCUUGGACUGGUUUUCCUGAUCCCUGUGGCCGCAACUGGCAAGGAAUUGUCUGCAAUGGUUCUCGAGUGAUCGCUAUAAUGUUGGCAAGCAUGAGGCUUGAAGGAACUCUUUCAAGUGAUAUCCAAGAAUUAUCAGAACUAAGAAUUCUAGACCUGUCUUAUAAUAAGGGUUUGACGGGGUCACUUCCUUCAGCAAUCGGGAAACUUUCAAAGCUCACAAACCUGGUCCUGGUUGGCUGCAGUUUCAAUGGACCGAUCCCAGAUACAAUUGGAUCUCUGUCACAACUGAGAUUCCUAUACUUGAAUUCUAAUAGCUUUAGCGGAAGUAUACCUAACACAAUCGGUAAUCUGCUUAAGCUUUUUUGGUUGGAUCUUGGUGAAAAUAAGCUUACAGGAACAAUACCAAUCUCCAAUGGGACUACACCGGGUCUGGACAUGCUGAUCAAUACCAAACAUUUCCACCUUGGAAGAAACCAGCUCUCUGGUUCAAUUCCGCCUCAACUGCUCCAUGAAAAUUUGACUAUGCUUCAUUUACUUUUGGAUAACAAUAAGCUUACUGGCGAUAUCCCGCCAACACUUGGUUUUGUGCAAACAUUGGAGGCAGUGCGACUCGAUUUUAAUGCAAUCGGUGGGCCUGUUCCUUCAAACAUCAACAAUCUUACUAAUGUAAAGGAUAUGCUUUUAUCAAACAACCAACUGACAGGCCCUAUGCCCGACCUUACUGGCAUGACCCGACUCGGCUACUUGGAUAUGAGCAAUAAUAGUUUUGACGCCACAGAUUUUCCAUCAUGGCUCAUUGCACUGCCUUCUUUGACAGAUCUAAUGAUGGAAAGGACUACAAUCGAAGGCGAGGUUCCUGAGACAUUUUUCAGCCUCCCUCAUUUACAUCAAGUGUUAAUGAAGAGUAAUAACCUCAAUGGCAAGUUGGAUAUCGGUGAUGCUCAUAGCUCAGAACUUCGGAUCAUUAACUUGCAAAACAACAACAUAUCUGCUUACACUCAUAGAUCUGGGGACCGCCAGCUCCAACUAAAUCUUAUUGAGAAUCCUGUUUGUAACGAUGAUACCGAUAGAGUCCAAAGCUACUGCGGACGCCUUCAACAGACAAAUCCCUCGUAUGUUACACCACGGAACUGUAUCCCGACUGCUUGUAGUUCCAAUAAAUUUUCUAGCCAAAAUUGCCAAUGUGCCUAUCCUUACACCGGGAACUUUGUAUUUAGAGCCCCAUAUUUUUCGAACUUGCAAAAUUUUACAUACUACACGGCUUUGGAGCUGAAGCUAAUGACUACCUUUCUCGCCUUUCGGCUCCCUGUUGAUUCUGUGUCCCUCAGUAAUAUAAGCAGAAAUCCAUCCAAUUACCUUGGAAUUACUUUGCAAAUUUUCCCCCUUGCUCAAGAUCGAUUCAAUAGGACAGCGAUUUCCAUUUUGGGUUUUAUGAUGAGCAACCAGACAUUCAAGGCACCGCCUUUUUAUGGAACGUUCUACUUCAUUGCUGAUGAGUAUACGAUGUUUGCAGAUGAACCUGGAUCGGGUGAAAAGAAGACUCUCGGUACAGCUGCUAUCAUCGGAAUUGCUGUAGGAAUUUCUGCAUUUGUGCUAGUAUCAUUAUGUGUUGGAGUUUUCUUUUUCUGCUACAGAAGGAAACCUGCCAAACCUGUGGAACCAAAUUAUCCUUCAGGCCUUGGAUCGGGCUCCCCUUGGACGUUGCCUGGAAGCAACUCUAGCGCCUUACAACUGCCGGGAUCGAGACUUUUUUCACUUGAAGAGGUCAAAAAGCUAACCAAUAACUUUUCGGAAGCAAGCGCUAUUGGGUCCGGGGGAUUUGGGAAGGUAUACAAGGGUGCCCUUGCUAAUGGACUGUUGGUUGCUGUUAAAAGAGCUAAUCAUGAAUCAAAGCAUGGCAGUUUUCAGUUCAAAGCUGAGAUCGAGCUUCUAACGAGAGUUCAUCAUAAAAACCUCGUCAGGUUAUUGGGUUUUUGUUUGGAACGAGAACUUAUACUAAUCUACGAGUAUGUACCUAAUGGCACCUUGAAAGAGAGUCUCUCGGGGACAUCUGGGAUACGACUAGAUUGGAAGAGAAGAAUUCAGGUAGCUCUCGAUGCAGCCAGAGGCCUGGCUUAUUUGCACGAACUAGCCAGCCAACCGUUCGUGCAUAGGGACAUCAAGUCGACUAACAUACUGCUCGAUGAAAACUUGAAUGCAAAAGUUUCUGAUUUCGGUCUGUCGAAGCCUAUGAAUGACGGUGGAAGAGGCUAUAUUACCACUGAAGUAAAAGGAACAAUGGGAUACUUGGAUCCUGAAUAUUACCGAACCUAUAAGUUGAACGAGAAAAGUGAUGUUUACAGUUUCGGAGUGGUAAUGCUUGAACUUGCAACCGGGAGAUCAGCAUUAGAUAGGGAAAGAUACGUAGUAAGUGAAGUUCAAAAAGCCGUUGAUAGAACACAGGAUUUGUACGGUCUUCAUGAGGUGCUAGACCCUAGUAUUGGUCUCGGAACCUCACUGAAAGGCAUCGAGAAGUACAUAGAUUUGGCAUUGAGGUGUGUGGAGGAAUUAGGCGUUAAUAGGCCGCCAAUGGGGGAAGUCGUGAAACAACUCGAGGAUAUAUAUGAAAGAGUGGGAUUGAAUCCAUACAGCGAUUCGGGAGGAAGUUCGACAGCAUUUGAUCUCUAUGGGGUGGAGUCGUUUUACCUUCGUGAUGGAGCACUCCCACGUUGAGCUCGGUUUCUAGUAU